CGAGACGGUCCGAAAACGUAGUUUUUACUAGAAGACUUCAGUUCACGGAGAUUGGGAGUUUCUCAUACUGAUAAUAAGCAUCGUCGUCUUGUCGGUAGUAUGGCUGGUCAAGUGGAAGUUAUUCGCAUAGGCUCGAGGAAGAGCGAGUUGGCCAUGAUACAAACCAAUCAUGUUGUGGAACUGUUGCAGAAAGUUCAUCCAGAUGUGGAAUUCAAGAUUGUCACCAUGGAGACCAUAGGGGACCACAUUCAAGACAAGCCGCUCGCAUCCAUCGGAGAAUCCAACCUCUUCACCAAAGAACUUGAGAAAGCUCUAGCGCUAGAUGAAGUGGAGAUGAUCGUCCAUUCUCUUAAGGAUAUGCCGUCAAAGCUGCCCUCGGACAUGGCCAUUGGAGCCAUUUGCGAGAGAGAAGAUCCCCACGAUGCGUUGGUCCUUCGGAAAAAUUUAAGUGGAAUCACAAUCGACACUAUGAAAGAAGGCAGUGUGUUAGGCACGAGCUCAGUCAGAAGAGUGGCCCAACUGAAGAGAAAAUUUCCACAUCUUGUUUUUAAAGAUGUUAGAGGAAAUUUGAAUACGAGGCUUAGGAAAUUAGAUGAAGCCAAGGAUUAUGAUGGAUUGGUGCUGGCUGUAGCUGGUCUAAUGAGAAUGGGAUGGGAACACAGAAUAAGCCAGAUUCUAAAGCCAGACACCUGCAAGUACUCAGUCAGCCAGGGGGCUCUUGGCAUCGAGAUCAAAUCAAACAAUCAGCGGAUGCAUGCGCUACUCAGACAACUCAAUCACGUACCAACACUUCUCCGAUGUAUAUCAGAGAGGGCGCUGUUGAAGACUCUAGAGGGUGGGUGCAGUGCACCCGUUGCUGUCUUCUCAGAAUUAGAAGAUAAUAAGUUAACACUCAAUGCAUCAGUACUGAGUCUGGAUGGAUCAGAACUAAGAGAGAAAGAGAAAUCAAGUACCCUACCUCAGCAGUUAACACAAGAGCACUCCAUCGAUACAGAAACCAUUCCUGAAAUACAGCUCUUUUCCAGCGUCAUUGCUCCUUGGGUAUCCCAGAAUGCCAUGCAGGAAGCUGAGGCUCUUGGCAUAAGCGUUGCCAAGGGUCUAUUUGAGAAAGGAGCUGGGCCCAUUUUAGAAGCAGCUAAAGCAGAGAUAGCGGAAAGAAGAAAGUGAGAUCGAUUCAUUCUUUCACUCUACGGACUGUAUUCUGCUGAAAUAGUCUAGCCAUUCAAGGCCCUGUUUCACAAAAGUUGCAAUCAAUGACAAAUGGAAAGCUUCUGUUACAAGCUACUGGUAUAGUGCAAUUUGAUUGGCCAAGGGGAUAUUUGUCAUAGGAUUCCUGCUUUUGUUAUUGAUAUAUAUGUACUUCACGAAACAGGAUUGAGAUGGUCUUUCAUUAAAAACUGUGUAUGACUUUGCUAUUGACUUGAAUAUGAGAAAGAAACAGCUGUGCAAUUCAGACUUCUGGGCCCCGUCUUACAAAGAGUUACGAUUGAUCCAAUCAAUCGUAACUCUAUGGAAAUCCAUCA